AUGUUCAUUGGCGGACUUAACUGGGAGACCACGGACCAAUCGCUACAUGACUACUUUUCACAAUUUGGCGAAGUUCAAGAAUGCACAGUCAUGCGAGACAGCGCGACAGGCCGUUCGCGAGGAUUCGGAUUUCUCACCUUCAAGGAUCCCAAAACCGUCAACACCGUGAUGGUCAAGGAGCAUUUCCUGGACGGCAAAAUUAUCGACCCGAAACGAGCCAUCCCGCGCGAUGAGCAAGAAAAGACGGCCAAAAUCUUUGUAGGAGGCGUCAGUCAGGAUGCCACGGAGGAGGACUUUGAGAGCUUCUUCGCCCAAUUCGGACGAGUCAUUGACGCCACGCUUAUGAUGGAUAAGGACACGGGCCGCCCAAGAGGGUUUGGGUUCGUGACCUUCGACAGUGACGCGGCCGUGGAGCGAUGCCUCGAGUACCAUCCCUUGGAGAUAUUGGGUAAGCCCAUCGAAGUCAAACGAGCACAACCCCGUGGCAAGAUGGGAGAGUUGAACAACGACGACGGGUUCCGUGGUGGCCGAGGCCGAGGCAAGUUUGGCGGAGGUGGUGGCGACGAUCGCUACGGUGGUGGUGAUCACGGUGGUCAAUCAGCCCAGAACGGAUCCAACCAGGCCGGCAACAUGAUGGGAGGCAACGGUAUGACACCUCAAAUGAUGGCCCAAUACUGGCAGCGCAUGCAACAAUACUUCGCCAUGAUGCAGCAGCAGAUGGCGGCCCAGAUGAUGGGUGGCAUGGGUGGCAUGGGAAUGGGCCAGAUGAACCCGCAGAUGAUGCAGCAAAUGAUGCAGAUGCAGAAGAUGCAGCAACAGGGCGGCGGUAACAGUCCCAACCCGCAGAACGCUGGCGGCAUGGGCAACAUGGCCGGCAUGACGCCCCAGAUGAUGCAGCAGAUGAUGCAGAUGCAACAACAGGGCGGCAUGAACAUGGGGGGCGGCGGUAACCGAGGAGCUCCAAUGGGACCUGGCGCAAGCGGUGGCGGUUCCGGUCGGGGAUCGUUUUCCGCCCAAGAGCAGAUGGCCUUUGAGCAGCAAAAGUACGAACAGCAAGCUCGUCGAUCAGGCAGUGUGCCGCAAGGACCUCGAGGUCAACAAGGCCAAGGCUUCCAGAACCAAGGACAAAGCCCCCAGUCGUGGGAAGGCAUGUACGAUGAUGUCCCUCAACCUGAUGGCGGCAGAGGCUCUGCUGGUCCCGUUCGCAACAUGACACCCAAGCCUCCAAAGGGUCCCGGCGGUGGCGGUAGCGGUACAGGUCAACCUAGUGCGGCUCCAGCCAAUGCUCCUACUGGGCCCAAGAACGCCGGCAGACCAGGGAAUUUCCGAGGUAGGGGAGGAGGCCGCUUCCAUCCGUAUGGGAGGUGA